AGAGAAGGGCUCGGCCCCAGGGGGGCCAGGGAGGGAGGGCUGGCCCCUGCAGACCCACCUCAGCCCCGGGGCCCUCCCUCCCUGCUGGUCCCGCAGUCUGACAUCUCCACCUCACUCUGCACCCUGUCCUUGCUUCCAGCCUGGCCACACCUGAGCUUAGAGGUGGCAUCUGGUUUAUAUUCCAGGACACAGAAGGACCUGCUUGGUGAGAGUCCAGGCUGCUCGGGAAGGUGCCAAGGUGCCAGGGAGACGGGGAUGCUGAGCUCAUCCUGGGCCCAGGUCCCCCCUCUGCUCCACCCGAGCUCAGGAGGGGGUUGCUACUGUCCCGGUGAGUCCAAGGGCUUUGUCCUGAUUGAGGGGGUGGAGCCACAUGCUGGUCUGGUCCUGACUCCACAUCAGGAGGUCUCUGCUGACGCUCCUCAUCCUAGGGCAGUGACCCUCCUCACCCCCAUUCGCAGAGUGACACUGCGAGGCUCAGACAACGGCAAGGGCUUCCCUGGAUCACAGCCCAUGAACUGUGGAGCCAAGUUUGGGUGUCAUCCUAGGAGACCCCCUACAGCCCUGCCCUGGACUGAGCCCCUGGGCAAGAUUCCCCCCUUGUCCAGGUACACGGGGUUCAGAGAUCCCCAAGGGCCUGUCAGUGUCGGCCCCUGGCGGUGGGCCCAUGGGCAGGGGGCAGGGCUAGAGGCCCAGGGCCCAGGAGGUGUGCUCGGAGCUGUGGACUUGAAAGACCUGAUGGAGUACAACAAAUCUGAGGCUGGGACCUGGGGCUUCAGGAACUCGGCUGUGCCAGGAGGUUCUAGGGCUGAGGACAAGAAAACCGCCUCAGCCCGCAGCUGCGAUGCACUUCUGAUCCGGACCCUGCAGAGCUGCCAGCCGCAGGUCCUUUGGGGCAGUGAGUGAGAGCGUUUAUGCAAAUCUACACUCCCCACCCCUCCCGCCCAGGCUCCUCAUUCAUCCAGACCAGAGUGGGGUCAAGAAUCUGUGACCAGUGGGAAGGAUUGGAGCCCUCCAGGUUUCUCCAGGCAACUCCUAUUUCAGGAAGUCGGCCGAGGCCGGAAGGUCUCUGGUCACAGCUGCCUUCCUGGGGGCUGAGCACAUGGCGCUGUCCCGAACCGUCCUGACAUGGGUCCGCUCCUGGCUGGCUCAGGGGGCCUGUGUGCUUCCAGGAGCCUCGCCCUGGGGCUGAGCUGGGCCCCCGAGACACCCAACAACACCCAACAACACACGAUCCGGGGCAGCGUGUCCUUGGGCAUCGUCACCUUCUUCCUCCUGCUUCCUGUUCCCGGUGUGCCCAGGGCACCCUGCAUCCACCCCUGGCAUCUCAUCAGAAUGUGGAUCUGUGUCAGUAGGAUGUUUGCCCAGCGUGUUGUGUGUGGCAGUGUGAUGGUUAAGCAGCCACCUGGUUUGGGAGAUUCCUCCCGAUUCGCUUUACCCAAGGUGUCUUCCUCCUUCAACACCAUGUCCCACAGCAGAGUAGCGAUUGGCAUUGCUGAUUGGCAUUGUCAAUCUUUUUGAUUCAUUUUCCCCAACAUUUAAAAACUGUGAACUUGUGACGUCCAGAAGCACACAGUGAGACGCCCUUCAGGGCCUAGGGUCACCAGGGCCACCUCUUUGCACUUCUGGGACUGGAAGGUUAGUGAUGUCUCCUACAAAGUGGAUCCUGUCAAUGAACCAAAGACAACCCAGAGACCAGAGCCGAGCCCUGAGCAGUGAGAACCCGCGUCCUUCUGCGGAGUCCCUAAGGGAGCCCGUGGAUGCUCCAUCCAGGGACCGGAGCCCAGAGCACCCCACCUCCCACCCCUGAGUGGACCCUGACAAAGGAGCUCUAGCCCUGAGGAGGACUGUGCCUGCAGGGUGUGGAGAGGCCGAGGGCGGGCGGCUCUGGGAGGCUCUGGGCCACUCUGGACAUGCCCAGGACAGAUGGACCAGCUCCCUGGGGACCGCUGAUGGACUGUGAGGUGGCCUGCAUUUCCCAGUGAUGCAUGCACUCACUGUGUCAGGGUCCCUACAGUGUCCUGCCUGUCCUUGUGUAAGCCUGAUGGUCAGAUCACAGUCACUGCAGUCAACAUUUUGAUGACUUUCCUGAAAUUCAAUCCGUGCACUAACUGUGGACCCCUCCAGGGCUGGUGUUCCCUGAGGCUCCGCCUGCAGAGCCCCAGCCUCUGUGCCGGCUGCUCCUGGUGCAGCUCUGCUGACCCCUGCUGGCGGAGGGGACUCAGCCCAGGAGCUUGCCUCCUGCAGCUUCCCCCAGAGCACCUGUCCCCUGAGAGGCUGUGGAGCAGAGAGUCCGGCCCUCCUUUCUGCCUGCUGGGACUCUGUUCUGCCCAGCCCAGCACAGGGAGGUCCCAUAUGCCGGGUGGAUAUGCACUACUUUGUACUUUGUAUUUGCUAGAAGAAUGCCAGCUGCGGGAUAAACUCCAUUGUUUUGCAAAGAUUCAAGGUCCAUGGAAACCUCAGACAAACCUUAGGCGCUUGAGGUUCAAGCCCAGUUCAGGUACAUAUGACGUUUUCUCCUAAUUUGAGCAGUUGGGGUGCAGGAGGAGUGUGUCAUUGGGCAUGUAAGAGGCAAUUCCAGGGAAUAAGCCAGCUUCUCUUGGCGUCUGCUAAGCACAUGAAGGGAUGAAGGUGUGGGGCAGGGACAGCAUUGACACAGAUGGGUUCAGAGCAGCCCCUGGCCCCUCCGUAGGUCACCUGGGUUGGGGCAAGGACUGGAGCAACUCAGGAGUGGUUACUACUCUUCCUCUACCCUCUUCCCACCUGCAGUCACUGGGGGCAAGGGUGCUACAUGUGCGUGUGGUCCUGGUCCUGUCUGGGGUCCCACGUUCAUGACCUGUCUCUGCUUUCCCCGUUGACCCUCAGCCUGGCUGAGUAGACCAGGGACACUGAGGGUGUGGGUGCCCUUGACAGAGAAGAAGGUGGGAGAGGGAGUGAGUUCCUAUGGUCCCUGGAGAGGGAGGGAGAGGAGGGGCUGGGGGACCCAAGGGCAGCAGCCGUCAGCUGCACCUGGUGAGGAAGGUGCUGAGGUGGAAGGGGAUUCCGGGACCUCAGCCCAAAGUCCCAGACCUGAAGGGACAGCUUUCUCCUGUCAGUUCUGCUGGUGGCCUGUGUGGGGCGCUACUGCACUUGGGACCAGGACCUGGGAGGGUCCAACCCUGCACAGGGUCGUAAGACUGUGAGAUCUCUGGAUUAUAACCAAGCAGGGUGGCCUUUUCAUGACCCUUUACAGUUGCUUAUGAAGUUAAAAGAAUUACGGGGAAGGUUACAAACAAUGUGUGCCAUCAUUUUAGAUGACUUGACUGAAGUGAAAAAAUUCCUAGAACAACGUAAAUUAUCAAUUGACUCAUGAUGAAAUAGAAAUCUGAAUAAGUCUGUGACAAUGAAGGAAACUGAAUUAGCAAUUGAACAUAAUCUUGCUAAGAAAGCAUGGCUCUCUGGUAAAUUCUAUACAAUAUUUAAGGCAAAAGCAAUACGGGUCCUCCCUGGACUCUUUCAGAAUGUAGAGCAGAGAGAACUCUAAGUGAUUCUCCGAGGUUAGCACUAAGCAGUACCAAAUCCAGACAAAGAUAUCCCAGGAAAACUACCAGUGAACAUCCCCAGUGACUCCAGAUGCUCAUAUUAUGUGGCCUAAACCUGUCCAUCAGGGUCUCCUCGUCCAAGGGAGCUGCCGUCACUCCAGCCCUCAUCCUCACUCCCCAUAUGACUCCAUGAUGUGAGCAUCCUUCAUGGAGUUGCUUAUGUCAGGCUUGCCUGCUUUCUCGCCAACUGCCUCUGUAAACAUACCCCACCCUAAAAGGCGUACCGGUGUGCACCUGAGCUGGACAGCACCCCAUGUGGAUGGACUGGACUAUAUGGGGGACUGGACACAGAGCCCCCGCGGCUAGCCCGUCCCAGAGGUCCCUGACACUGGACCACAGAUGUGUGCUCAGAGUCGUGCUCCUGCUCAUCUGCUGCGCUCCUGCCCCCUCACAGAUGCACCACUCACUGGAACUGUCCCUGCUGCACUGUUUUCCCUUGGGACAGAUGAGAGGCUGACUGGGACAGCCUGGACCUGAACCAUCUGUUGUGACCAGUAUGAGAUGUAUUGACCCAUGAUAUGUAUGAUUUUUAGAUAUGCUUAAUCCCCCCUUGAGUGUUUUGUGAAAGGAAAUUGCAAAAUAAACCAUGUGAUUCGUGCAACCACAA